GUCAAGCUUGCGUGGGAACGUCAGAAAUUGUUAAGACUCGCGUCGGAUAUUAAGUUCCCCAAAAAGGCUGUUUACCAAUUAAUAUUAAGUGAAUUGUUAAAGUUAGCGAACAAAUUUGGAAAAAUUGUUAAGUAUGUCGACCGUUGAAGAGGUUUGUCGGUUAUGCUUGGCGAGCGAAAGCUGCAUGGAGCCAAUUUUCAACUCAUCAGAUCCUGACAUGCCGCAGAAGAUCUGGGAAUGUACUUCGGUAGAGGUCAGAAACUUAGCUGGCUUGCCUAGCUUUAUAUGCGAAAUCUGCAAAUCAGAGCUGAUAAUUUGGCUGAAAUUUCGAAGACAGUGCUUGCGGACGAAUGAAAUGCUUAAGUAUAAAUUCCCACAGUUGUUUUCAGACGUUGGAAGCGAGAAUCAUGCUAAUAACGACGAAAACAAAUCAAACUCUGACGACGGAGAUAACGAAUCAUACAUUGAAAUUUUGGAAGCGCCGAAUAAAUUCGAUUCCAAAGAAUAUGUAGAAGGGGAAAUACAAACAAUAGUUUCAAAUAACCUCGGUAGUAAUGAUGAAAAGGAGGAUAUGGAGUUUUCAGUCGAGGCAGCAGAGGAAGAGCAGUUCGAUCAAAAUGACCAGAUUGAAGUUGAAGAGAAUGAGGACGACGGUGGCGGAAGGACAAUUGAAAUACAAAUUGAAAGAAAUUUAUUACCUGAGGAGGAGGGAAUGAGCAGCGAAAUGCCUGAUUCUAAGCCAGAGAGUUCAGGUACAAGAACGCGAUUGAAACGGACACGGAACAAAGAAGAGAAUAAACAUGAAAAACAUAAAGUCGUUCUGCCCAACAAUCAGGUACGAUACGUAACCAAAUGCAGUGUAUGCGGUAAAGAUCAACUCAACAUCAAGCAACACAUGCGCAUUCAUCUCGACGAAAAACCAUACAAAUGUUCGUACUGUGGCCGGGCGUUUCGGCAGCGAGGCAACUAUACGCGCCAUGUUAACAUUCACACAGGCGCGAAACCAUACAAAUGUACUCAAUGUGAAGCGGCGUUCGCUGACCCGGCCUCUUUACGUGCACAUUGGGUUCGCCACACAGGCUCACGUGAAUAUCAUUGCGACGUAUGCGGCAAAUGGUUUAGUCAUUCACAUGUCCUGGCUGGUCAUAAGCGAAUCCAUACACAGGAUCGUCGUCAUCCGUGCAGCUAUUGUGAUAAACGUUUCCUUUCCGGCCACGCACUCAAGAAACACAUUAGAACGCAUACCGGUGAACGCCCAUUCAAAUGUAAGCUCUGCCCGAAAGCUUUUUCAACUUCUGGGAAUCUGAGAACUCACCAGAAAGUCCAUACGAAGGAUAAACCCUUCAAGUGUAAAAUAUGUAAAAAAUCUUUUGCGUACCGUUGCGUCCUAAAAACCCACAUGAAAACUCAUGGAAAUUCGAAGGACGGCAUGAGCGAGGAAGGUGAUGAGGACCAUGGCGAAGAUGAGGUGAUUCAAACCGAGAAAAGGGGAAGUGAAAAGCAUACGAUCAUACUGAAAGGUGGGAAUCACAGCGAAGAUGAUCAAGCUUACGGAGAGGUUUAUGAAGUGUAUAUGGAUGACGAAGAUGAUGUGUAAACUACAAAUGAAUUCCUCUUAGUGUUCCUUUAAGAUAUAUAAGUUUGUUAAUGAAAUGCAAAUUUAAAAAAAUAAUUUUUAAAUACAUUUUACUAUGAAAAGUGGGAGUAA